GCUGAAUUUCUUUUUCCUUACCCUAAUUAUGUCAUAGAGUGAUAUUCCAGAUUGGUACUGCCUCUCUUACUAAAAUUUUUUAAGCUGAAUUAAAUGAACGCCUGUGAACAGUCAGAGAGUAAAUCUUCAAGUUCUGAAGAAAAAAUACCUUUUUCUUCCUCCAGACUUUCCCCUGUCUCAUCAUGUAGUACUAUUUCUGAGGAGGAAAUAGGUGAGAGAAGAAGAAACCGCAGAGAACUAUUAAGACAGUAUUACUCGAAGCUAAGCGAAGGGCUCGAAACUGCAGAGGACGAGGAAGGCGCAAUGUUGGACAUUGAUAGUCCCCGUUUUGAUGUGAAUGCCUUUGUUUCACUUGUCUUAAAGCAAAAAACUUUGCGUGAGCUAAUAAAACUAGACAAACGAUUAGUUUCUGAGAUUCGUUUGUUAGAUGAGGAAAUUCAAACUCUUAUAUAUCAAAACUACAGCAAGUUUUUAAGCGCAACAGACACUGUCAGACAGAUGAAAGGUAAAAUAGAGCAUAUAGAAGCGGAAAUGAGUCGUUUGAAUGAGAAAAUGAUAGCCAUUAAGGAUUUAAAUUCCAAAAUCGACUCCUCCCUGGCCGAAAACCGUCUCAAAGUGUUUAGGCUUUCCAGUGUUCAUGUGUUACUGAAAAAGCUGAGGUUUCUUUUUGAGCUCCCAGGAAGACUAAAGAAGAGCAUUGAGGCUUCUGCCUACCGCCAGGCAGUGGAUUAUUACUGUAAAACCCACGGAAUACUUUUGCGUUAUGAGCACAUCUCGUCUUUCUCGGGCAUCAGAGACGAAUGCCAAGCAUUGCUUGUUCAACUAAAAGACGCUCUUCAUAGCCGUCUCUCCUACGAAAAGAACGUGUCUCUUUCUCAAUUGACCGAGGCCGCCGAACUGCUGCUCUUGUUGGACGCUCCUCCGGCAGAAAUUGCUGAAUCAUAUUUACUUUCAGCUCACGAGGCUAUAAGUUGCGCAAUGGGGGUUUUGGAAAGCAAUGUCGAUCACGACCCUCAUUCCUCACACCCUUCUCUAGAGCAUAGCCUGCCCAUUAUUAUACAACACAUGAAAACUUUACUAAGAGGCCACCAAACCCUCUUUGGAGAGGAAAAAGGCGAGCAGCUCAGGAGCACGCUGGGUCGGCUAUUCGGAAGGCUUCUUUCCACGCUUAAAAAAACCAUACUUUGUUCGCUGGAACAAAAUCCUCCUGUGGAAGGCGACCUUCUGAUAAAAGCUGGCGCAGAUAUAAAUUCUCUGUACGUGUGUCUCACCGAGCCGGAUGUCUUUUUUUACCAAGAAUCGUGGGUGAAAGAGCGCUUUACCUCUUUCGUAGAGAAGAUGUUGGAAAGCAUAAUAGAGUUUACUUUGGAGGGAAUAUUAAGAAUUUUUGAGGAGCGUAUUAUGGAAAUAAAGAAGAUACUUUUGGACAGCAAGCCGUCCUCGAAACCUUUAUCUCAACUUUCGGAUGAUUUGUCGGUGGAUAUGAAAGCUUUGGUCCUUUCCACAAUCACUUUACUACUGGAGCUCUCUCAGAAGGACAACCGACUUUUCACCAUCAGAAAACUUUGCAGACGCUACUAUAAGAAGCAUGUACUGGACCACUUCCUCGCCAGCUAUUUCGUGAAGACGACAGAAAGAUGCAAAGUGCUUGCUGGAACCAACAGCUUAACAGUGAGCUGGCCGCUGGAAGGCUCUUCCCUUCUCAUACUAGUACUGGCUGGGUAUUUGUUCGGCUUAGAAAAGUACGGUCUCCCCUUCCUCUAUCAAGAAACCUUAAAGAGAAUCAGCAUGUUCAAGGUGGAUGCGACUGGAAAACAACAGGAGUGCCUUGCAAUCGUUAAAAAUGGAGCUCAAGAGUUAGUCAACUGUUACAGUAGAAUUUACGGUAACAAUGUUUCGGCGUUGUCCCUGGAAAGCCUUGCAGCCGCCGAUUGGUUAACGGAUAGGCCGCCCACUGCUGUGCGUGCAGCUACUAAAGGACUUAUUACAAAACUGAGCAACGUUGCAACAGAGCUGGAUGCUUUUUUUGGGGCCGACAUAAAAAGUUCUUUAAAUGUUAACGAGCACCGGACGACGCCUUCUAUGAGCUUGACCACCAACCACUAUAUGCAAAAUGGAUUUGGUAUUAACAAUAACUUUCAUAAAUUGUUUACUGACCGGAUUGAUAUAUACAAAAACGUUGAAUUCUCAAAAUCUUCUAUUAUGAAAUCAAUUAUUUUGGUUUAUUUAAAGGCCUUUAUGGAAGAAAUUCGUUUGUGUGUAUUAAGUACGGCUGGAAUGCAACAAGUUCAGCUUGAUGUUGAGUGUUUACGACGGCAUCUCUCCAAGUUCUUUACUGACGGAAGACUUCUUAAUUUCUUUUUGGAUGAAAUCCUUGAUUCCUGCGCAAAACGCUGCUUGCGCCCUGUCCCGUUGGAAAAGCAGGUGGUGAAAACUCUGCUUAUGGUCUAAUAAAGACAAGUUAUACGCCACUCAAACUUAUUUGGGAAGAAAAGCUUAAAUACCUAUGCGCUUAUAAUUUUUUAAUUUAAAAUUAAUCCACUAUU